GGGAGCAGCGUGCCUCCCCCUCCGCUCCCCCCACUUCCCCACUGGAGCGGCUGCGCAGAGGAGCCAGGUGCUUGCUGGGGCCCGGGCUGUGCAAGGACGCCGGGGCUGGGGGCAGCCACAAUCAAACCUGUGCAGAUCCCAGCCGGGAGGCGCCCUCGCCAUUGUGGCCUUGCUGGGUGGGCGCACCCGGCUCCCCAAGCAGGGCCCCAGCGAUUGUCGGCACCAUGGGUCAGUGCGGCAUCACCUCCUCCAAGACUGUGCUGGUGUUUCUCAACCUUAUCUUCUGGGGGGCAGCUGGCAUUUUAUGCUAUGUGGGAGCCUAUGUCUUCAUCACUUAUGAUGACUAUGACCACUUCUUUGAAGAUGUGUAUACUCUCAUCCCUGCUGUAGUGAUUAUAGCUGUAGGAGCUUUGCUUUUCAUUAUUGGGCUAAUUGGCUGCUGUGCCACAAUCCGGGAAAGUCGCUGUGGAUUGGCCACGUUUGUCAUCAUCCUACUCUUAGUUUUUGUCACAGAAGUUGUUGUAGUGGUUUUGGGAUAUGUUUACAGAGCAAAGGUGGAAAAUGAGGUUGACCACAGCAUUCAGAAAGUAUAUAAGACCUAUAAUGGAACCAACCCUGAUGCUGCUAGCCGGGCUAUUGAUUAUGUACAGAGACAGCUGCACUGUUGUGGAAUUCACAACUACUCAGACUGGGAAAAUACAGACUGGUUCAAAGAAACCAAAAAUCAGAGUGUCCCUCUUAGCUGUUGCAGGGAGACUGCCAGCAGCUGUAAUGGCAGUCUGGCCCAUCCCUCCAACCUCUACGCUGAGGGGUGUGAGGCUCUAGUUGUGAAGAAGCUACAAGAAAUCAUGAUGCAUGUUAUCUGGGCAGCACUGGCAUUUGCAGCUAUUCAGCUGCUGGGCAUGCUGUGUGCAUGCAUCGUAUUGUGCAGAAGGAGUAGAGAUCCAGCCUAUGAGCUCCUCAUCACUGGCGGAACCUAUGCAUAAUAGAAAACUCAAGCCUGAGCUUUUUAGUCUUGUUCUAAUUUGGAAGGUGAAUUGAGCAGGUCUACUGCUGUUGGCCUCCACAGUUUAUUUAGUUUAAGCACACAUGUCAGACAGAGCAGCUUGGUACUUCAUAUGCCCACUUACUUUCCUACCCAUUUAAGACUUCCUUUUCCCCUGUUCUAACGGACUCUUCACAUCCCCAAGUUUUUAAGUAAAGUGGUAUAUGUUCUAAUUUCAGAGCUAUUUGCAAGUUGUGUAGUGUGGUAGAAUUAAAGGAGGAUGUGGACUGCUUCUGUUACCUCCAGGCAGCAAUGGGACUGCUGCUGAAGUACUACUGGGUCCUUGAAGUACCACAAUGGACAACUAUUGGCCAAACGUUUUUUUGGGGGGAAGGGGGGGUUAACAUCAGAUGGUGCCCCUCAUCAGUGUCCUUUUAAAAACUAUAUACCAUAGCCCAAUAAGACAGCAACUAUACAAAAUGGCUAAAAUAGAUUUUAGAAUUAUACAAUGUGUACCUUAGUUCAUCUUCAAAAUCAGAUUGAUCUUUGAAACUAGAGGUUUUUAAUUAAAGCUGGCUUUAUAGGAGGAGUAUAAAGUAUGCACUACUGUUUUAAAAUAAUUAGAGUGUGUGUGUGUGUGUGUGUGUGUGUGUGUGUAUGUGUGUGUAUGUGUUUGUAUGAUUGAGCCCAUUCAUUAUAAGUCUAAUUUUGUUAGAAAUAAUGUACCAUGUAGACUAGCAAAAUAGUAUGUAGAUGUGAUCUCAGUUGUAAAUAGAAAAAUCUAAUUCAAUAAACUCUGUAUUACCCCUUAA